UGUUCGGGGAGCGGGAGGGCGGCGAUCCCCGCUUUCCCUCCUUCCACUCGCUACGGGAAGGCAGCGUGUGAUGGUGCGGGCAUGGCGGGGCAGCUGGCGCUGCUGAGACGGGGGGCGACCGGUCCUGGCCCCGGCGGCGGCGGCAGCAGCAGCAUCGUCCAGCGGGGGCUGCAUCCCGCCCGCCCGGUGUCCGCCGCCUCUCUCCGCCCCGGGCGGCGCUGAGGGAAGGCUGCGGAGCUGCUGCCGCACUGUCGCCAUGCUUCCCGGGGUGGGGGUGUUCGGCACGGGGCUGACGGCGCGGGUGAUCGUGCCGCUGCUGCAGGCGGAGGGCUUCGCCGUGAAGGCGCUGUGGGGGCGCACGCCGGAGGAGGCGGAGGAGCUGGCCAAGGAGAUGAGCGUGCCCUUCUACACCAGCCGCAUCGACGAGGUGCUGCUGCACCAGGACGUCGACCUGGUCUGCGUCAACCUGCCGCCGCCGCUCACCCGGCAGGUCGCCGUCAAAACGCUGGGCAUUGGAAAAAAUGUCAUCUGUGACCGAACGGCGACCCCCCUGGAUGCCUUUAGGAUGAUGACCGCAGCUCACUAUUACCCAAAGCUCAUGAGCGUCAUGGGGAACGUUUUGCGCUUCCUCCCUGCUUUUGUGAAGAUGAAACAGCUGAUCCAGGAGGGUUAUGUAGGGGAGCUGCUGGUGUGUGAGGUGCAGGUUCACAGUGGAAGCCUGCUAGGCAAAAAGUACAACUGGAGCUGUGAUGACUUGAUGGGAGGUGGGGGCUUGCACUCAGUUGGCACCUACAUCAUUGACCUCCUGACCUUCUUGACCAGCCAGAAGGCUGUAAAAGUGCAUGGGUUGCUCAAGACCUUCGUGAAGCAGACAGACCACAUCAAGGGGAUACGACAGAUCACCAGCGAUGACUUCUGUACGUUUCAGAUGGUCCUGGAAGGGGGCGUGUGCUGCACGGUGACGCUCAACUUCAAUGUCCCGGGGGAGUUCAAGCAAGACAUUAUUGUGGUGGGUUCAGCAGGACGACUGAUUGUAAUAGGCACUGAUCUCUAUGGACAGAGCAACAGCUCUCCUCAGCGGGAGCUUCUGCUGAAGGACUCCACGCCAGUCAGCAACUCCUUACUUCCAGAGAAGGCCUUCAGUGACAUCCCGUCCCCCUACCUCCGGGGCACCAUUAAGAUGGUUCAAGCAGUCCGGCAGGCAUUUGAGGAUCAGGAUGACAGGAGGACCUGGGACGGGAGGCCUCUUACGAUGGCUGCCACUUUUGAUGACUGUCUGUAUGCCCUGUGUGUGGUGGACACCAUUAAAAAGUCAAACCAGUUGGGGGAGUGGCAGAACAUUUCAAUCAUGACUGAGGAGCCAGAACUGAGCCCGGCAUACUUAAUCAGCGAAGCCAUGCGGAAGAGCAGAAUGUCUCUGUACUGCUAGCUCCCCUGAGCUCCUAGGAGAGAAAAGGAACCAGGCAGCUCUUGAAGGAAAUGGUAAUUCAGCCUCUGUGAAGGGCUUGGGCAUCUUAGAAACAGCUGAGGAUACAGGAGAAGGAAAUACAGUGUUUGAAUCAACUAAAUCUGUUGGUGGCUAAGUGCUGAAGUGAUAAGGUCGUUAAGAAUGCCCAAAUCAGAUAGGAGACCUAAGAGCUGAUGUUAAUUAACUGUUUUAAUAACAGUAUUAGCUGGCUGAUGGGAAAGGUAUGUCAUGGACUCAUCUCCUGCUUGCAGGUGCUUUAGAUUAUCCAAUUGUGUUUACUGUGAAAGGUUGGGAAGAUCCUUUUAGAUUUUCCUUACCUACCAGAGGGCUGUGAAAGUACUGUCAUGUCGUUAAAUUUUCUGUACUGUCUGACAUGAAUGGUUUCUACCAUGACAGCUGACACCACCGCGCUGUAGUACUACACCUCUAACCAACACACAGAAUAAUAGGACUUGGUGUGAAAAUGUUUUGUGAUAUGGAAAUUCUUGGCAGCUCACUUUUCAUACAGCUUGCUAGGAGCUUCUCUGUGUUGGUUUAGCUAGUUGGUUUUUGUUUUUUUUUUUUUUCAUUUAAAGCACAAUUAAGUAGAAAAAUUUGUGGCUUUUAAAGCAGUUCUCACCCACAGUUCAUAUGGCCCGGUACUGGGGGAGGGAGGGUCUUCUGUGAGCUCCCAGUAAGCUUCAGUAUUAACUGCACAGAUUUGCUAAUUAAAAUGGGUUGUGCAAAACCUUCAUGGACGGCAAGUGGCAUCAAAAAGUAGUGAUAGUGGGUUUUAUUAUACAGCUGAACUCAGGCUAGUCCUCUGAAGGUUUACACACAAUUUCCCGGGUCUGGGACUGACUUUUGAGUGAAUCCAUCACGCGUAUUGGUUUUAGAUGGAAAACAGUAGAAAUCCAAGCUGGAAAUAUAUGAUGCUUAGGCUGGUGAUGUUCUUUUAAACCUUUGUGAACUCACACUUGAGAGAUGCACACCAACAACUACUUUCAUAUAGCUCAACCCAGAAGUUUUCACCAUCACCCAAUGGUGAGUGCGAGUGAAAAACAAAAAAGAUGAGAAAAUUUCCCCUCCAUUUCCAGGGAAGAAGUUAUACGACUCCCACCUCUUCACCUCCUUACAGUGGCCAGCUUCUGGUACUGUAGUAGUCAUUCCCUGUCAUCAGUGCAGGGGUGGACAAACUCUUUUGAUAUGUUUGUCCUGUUCUUCUUUUUAAUAUUUUGGAUUGCAGUCUUGAAAUAAUAUAUUCUUCUGAAAAUAUAUUCUUGAAAGAAUAUAGAGAAAGGCACUUGAAUUAUCCCUGUCAACAGGGAUACUGCUUUUCUGCGUAAAGCUGCUCCAGUGCUUAUGUGUUAGUUUAGCUAGUUGUUUUCCAUGUGAGGACUCAGUUCAUCUGAAGUUUAAUAUACAAGGAGGUCCCCAUUGGACAUUCCUGUCCUCCUCCUUUGCAGGGAAUCUCAGCUUCUAAAUUUCUAGAUGGCUUAAGUUAUGAAACUUGACUCCCACACCAAAAUUGCUAAUGUGCUUAAUUUUUGAAGAGCAUGUGUCUGACCUUCCAUGAAAUAUUCCCCAAAGUGUAAUAGUGUGACUGAUGAAGGGAUAAUGUAAUACUGAAAAACCACACCCAAAAGGAGAAUUGUUUCUAUCCAUAUUGUUCUGCCAGUUCUAGCAUCUGUCUUUGGGGCUGACCGCUUCUGCUAAGACCUCAGGCAAGCUUUCAUCGUUCCUUAUUGGAAGCAGCCCUUGACAAGUUCGGAUGUUUUUCCAAAACAUGGAUUUCUCUGAGAAUUCCAGAGGCAAUAUCUGUGCCAACAGGAAUUUCCCAUUAUGAUGUGGUGCACUGUGCUAUCCAGUUGCUGCCCUGAAAAAUAUACGGAGAUAUACAGAAGAGAGAAUUUGAUCAAGAAAUCAUCCCUCUCUCUCCCCUGGAAAAUGGAAUUAACCCCAAGGUUAUCAAGAGAAUUUUCCUAUAGUAAAGCAAAAGCCAUUUAUCAAAAAUAGUGGCUAGUUCAAGUCAUGAAUACAAGCCCGGUGGAUAAUUAACCAUGGCUAGUGAAACAUCAUCCAAAGCUUGACCAAAACAUUUGUGAGUCUUGCUUCUUAGUGAUUUGGCCAUGGUGCUGGAAUCACUUAUGUCUUUGCACCUCGUUUUGGUUCACAAACCUUGACAGUUUUUUCCUGUCUGUGUUUACUUUUUUUUCUGUGUCUUUGUGGGUUUUGUGGUGCCAGCUGGAAGAAGAUACGCUGGAAUCCCUACCCCUGCAGUGAUAAGUCCCCAGGUGAGACACAGUGUCUAGGGAUAGUACUACUGAGCUUAACCUUUCUGUCUGGGAUCCAAAGGUUUAGGUGACGGGCAUCAUCCAUCCUCU